AUGCGGGUGGACAAUUUAAACAGCAAAAGGGCUGCCGGAAAUCCAAGUGAGAAAUCUCUUUCACCAUCGUCGGAGUUUAGCCACGACCACCAUCAUCGGUUGCUCAAGCAAACUCCAAAGGUGAUGAUCAUCUUUGCAACAUUGAUGCUUUUAUGUUUGGUUGUAUAUCAUUCGUCCAUCAUCAACUUACCAUUCUCCAACGGCUACAACCCUUUUUCCACCCUCCAACACGUCGAAAAUUCAGAAAUGAAUCUUGAGGAGUUGAAAAGCAUACUAAAAAAUGCAACAAUGGAGAACAAUACAGUUAUAAUCACAACUAUGAACGAUGCAUGGGCCGAACCAGAGUCUAUGUUCGAUCUUCUUUUGGAGAGCUUUCAGAUAGGGAAUCAAACACAACGGUUUCUAAAACACUUAAUCGUGGUAACUAUGGACCAAAAGGCAUAUGCCCGGUGUGUAGAAAUACAUCCACAUUGUUACAAUCUUAGCACCCAUGGAAUGGACUUUUCAAGGGAAGCGUUUUUUAUGGCACCUGAUUAUCUGAAAAUGAUGUGGAGACGAAUUGAUUUUCUGCGCAAUGUUCUUUCUUUAGGAUAUAGCUUCGUGUUCACGGAUGCAGACAUAAUGUGGUUUAGAGACCCAUUUCCGCAAUUUCAUAAAGAUGCAGAUUUCCAAAUUGCUUGUGAUUAUUUCAAUGGGAAGCCAUCUGAUUUGCGAAACUUACCAAAUGGAGGUUUUAAUUAUGUGAAGUCAAACAAGAAAACUAUUCAAUUUUACAAACAUUGGUACAACUCAAGGUUGACUUAUCCAGGCCUACAUGAUCAAGAUGUGUUCAACAAAAUCAAGUUUCAUCCAUUCAUAAAAAAUGUUGGAUUACGAAUUCGGUUCCUGGAUACUGGUUACUUUGGUGGAUUUUGUCAACCAAGCAAAGAUUUCAACAAGGUAUGCACAAUGCAUGCCAAUUGUUGUGUUGGUUUGGAGAACAAGGUUCAUGACCUUAAAAUCAUGCUUAGUGAUUGGCGAAAAUAUAGAAAAUCAAUUGUGAGUCCAACCAUGGCAUUCGGGUUUGAAGGUUCAUGGACGGUUCCCCAGCUUUGCAGGGGUUCUUUCCACCGUCCUCACAAUCCGAAGAAGAAGAAGAAGAAGGAUGCUCAAAGGAAGGAAGAGUUGAUUGUCUGA